AUGUUCCAUCCACUUCAAUGGAGGCCCCCCUCCAGCUUUUAUUCUCUGUACGCUAACUCCGCCCGCUUCCUCAGCUACGAAGGGAAACCCCCCGGGUGCGUGUGGUGGAAUGAGACCUUCCUGAAGGGCAGGUACCAGUGGCUGCUGACAUGGCUUCGGAAAGGCUCAGAGCAAGACCCCGGGCAGAAGAGCCUGCUGUCCCUGCUGGCCAGUCAGUGCAGCUAUGUGACCAGCCAGAGAAUCAGGCGUGCUCAGCAGAUUGCGCAGCUGUACAGUAACAUUUACUCCGAGCGGGCGCGCAAGAGUCUCUUUUCUUCCUUGUUGCGCCGCUUCCAGGGUCAUCAUGCCAACGCCUGCAAGCUGAUGGCAGCCCUCACCGGAGUGUUCCUGUGGGAAGAGGAAAGGAUCAAAGAAGAGGAGCUGAAGAGGUCUGUGCAAGAAAUGAAACACAUGCAAGAAAUCUCUAGAUUCUUCCAGAGCAAUGCGGAAGAAAACCAGGAGCUGGAGCAAAGCGCCUACCAAGGCGUCUCAUCUGAUCCUGAAGAGGAGAAUUGGGAAAUGGUGGUUGAGAAGAAGCAUUUCAAACUAUGGAGGCGUCCGGUUGGCGGAGGUCAUGUGUACCAGUAUCGAGUCUUUGGAACGUACACAGAUGUGACACCAAGACAGUUUUUCAACGUGCAGCUGGAUACAGAAUAUCGGAAGAAAUGGGACUCGCUAGUUAUCAAACUGGAAGUGAUUGAGAGAGACCGGGACACGGGCUCAGAGGUGGUGCACUGGGUCACUCACUUUCCAUACCCAAUGUAUUCACGGGAUUAUGUUUACGUUCGACGGUACGAUGUGGACCGAGAGAACAAUCUGAUGGUGCUGGUGUCACGAGCCGUUGAACAUCCAAAUGUCCCAGAAGAUCCUGAAUUUGUCCGUGUCCGAACCUAUGAGUCACAGAUGGUUAUCCAUCCUCACAAAUCAUUUGAUGAGAAUGGCUUCGAUUACCUGCUAACAUACAGUGACAACCCACAAACGGUGUUCCCUCGGUACUGUGUCAGCUGGAUGGUUUCCAGUGGCAUGCCUGAGUUCUUGGAGAAACUGCACUUGGCAGCCUUGAAGGCAAGGAACAUGGAGAUUGCUGUGAAAGACUACAUCGCCGCUUCCAAAUCCUGGGACAGUGGGGGCGAGAACAGCGACGGGGAAGGGAAGACCAGCGUGCCCAGCCCAGACCAUAAGAACGAAGGAGCCCGCAGCCCUAUUCAGAUAGACUAUGCUUAAAGGAGAGGGCUCGGCUGGCAACGUUG